AUGAAGUCGCUCGUGGUUUUUCUUCUCGUGGCAGUGCCGCUCGUGCUGGCGUCCGAUAAGUCGGCCAGCGCACCCAAAAAGCCAUCGUCGUCCAGCGCACCGCCGAAGCUGUCGGACAGUGUUGCCAGCGCGUCCUCGAUGGUGGAGUUCAUGAAGAUCCGCAAACCGAAGCGCUCGAACGGCGAGAUUCCGCUGCUGAUCAUUCGGCCGGUCGAGAAGCGCCGGAAGCUCUACUUCAAGGAGCCAACCGUGAAGAUCGCCUCCGGUGGGGUAGCCACGUAUGGCACGUAUCCUGAGCUUCAUACGAGCGAUGGCGAGAUGUUUACGCUCGAGCACAUGCUGCCCAUCCUGAGCCUGGAGGGUAUGCUGAAGGGCUUCUCGAAGCUCUCCUCGGCACCGAACCACUUCGUGCCGUCGCCCCAGUUCAAGCCGUCCGAUGUCCACCAUAUCGUGGGGCCGCAGAAGGCCCCGCUGAAGGAGGAGUACCAUGUCCUGUCGUACGGCGACAAGAACCCGCUGAAGGUGCCCCAGGCACUGUCGAAGCCGGUCGAGGUCGUCCCGGCCCAGUCGCUCCCGUCGCCGCCGCCCCCCAACUACGUACCGGCCGUAAAUUCCGAAGAUCAGCUUCUGAAACUUGGUCAACAACAGCCUUCCUUUUCGCCCCUGGUACAGGAGAAGCCGGCGUUCGUCAAGCCGGAGCAGCUGCCGGCGAGCUUCAACUUCAAGGUCCAGGAGGAGGUCAGCCACUACAAGGUGAACGCCAUCCCGCUGAGCGGGGCCCACGGCCACUUCCACCACUACCCGCACCACCAGCACCCGCCACAGGGUGGAGCUACCAGCUACGUCGGCUCCCAGGGUCCAGAUCCUCCGAAGUACAGCAAACCGGUCUAUCACCUGGCUCCGGCUCCUGCUCCACAGCCGGGUCUGGAGCAAAGCAAGUGGCACGAGGUGGCUCAGAAGAAACCGGCCUCGCUGCCGUCGGUAACGACCAACUUCUACCACCCGAAGACGAUCAACGCCGAACCGGAGGCAUACCAGCAUCUCCAGGCUACGGCCCCGACACAGCACACCGGUGGCACCGUUCAGACUCACCUCAGCUAUUACUUCCCCAAGGAGGAGACGGUUCCCCAGCCGACAUCGUCGGCGCACCACUCGCAACAGCCCACCUCCUACAGCAACGUCCAGCCCGGCGGAGAGCACGUGGAGUUCUCCGGUGUGGAGAAGCCGAUCCACAAGACGUACAGCUCGCACAUCAAGCAGAAGUACCAGAAGCAGCACCACCACCACCAACCGCACGUCUUCAUCCAGAAGUACUUCGAGUUCCCGGCCGCCAAGGGCACCCACAAGGCUCAUGUGGUGACCGAGUUCCACGGCACUCCAACGGCGACGAAUGACACGGCGGCUCAGCAGCACCUGCCGGAGCCACAAGCAUUCGCGGCCCCUCAGUACCUGCCCCUGCCGCAACCGCAGGCACUCCACGCGCAACCGAUCGUAGUCCUGCCGACGGCGCAGACCCUCCACCAUCCGGUCCAUCACCCGGUGCACCAUCCGGUGCAUCACUACUCGGCCGCUUCCGGAGGUCCAGCCCAGUCCUACUGGAAGGUGGGUCGUCGCCACCAGGAUGUGAAGCCCGUCGUCGAGCACACGAACGAACCGGAACCGGACAGCCAGCAUGCGGCGUCGGGAGCGGUACUCCACCACCAAUACCAGUCGGUCGGGCCGACCACCAGCGCCACCACCACCACCACCACCGCUACGCACAGCCCGGCCACGAAGGACUCCGGGAAGGCAGCGGUCGCCCAGGACCGAGUCGAUGAUGGACCGGGCAGCGUCACGAAUGGCACCAGGACACCGACCAGGACACCGAAGCAGCUUCCGGCGGGUGACUGCGAACGGCGCUGCAUCCGGAAUACGGUGGCCCUCUCGAAUGAGCCGGUCUGCGGUACCGACGGGCACACGUACUCGAACCGGGGCAAGCUCCGGUGUGCCAGGACCUGCGGGAAAGACGAUCUCGAGAUUCGAUCCUACGGCAUCUGCUCGGCAGCGGUGAAGGCGACACCAUAA